AUGAAUGCUAGAUUUCAUAUUUUGGCACUUCUGAUAUUAUUCUUAUCAAGAUUAAGUAAUCAACAGAAGCAACUUAAGGGAAAAACAAAGCUGCAAGAUGUUUAUAAUUGGCAAUAUGUUGAUUUUGAAUACGACAGUCAAGAAAGAAAAGACCAAAUUCUUAAAAAUGGAAAUUACAGUAAAACUAGUAUUCUUAUAAAAGAGUUUUAUUUAGUUGAAGAUGGACGAACAUUCGUUGUUCUCAAUAAAAACGACAAAUCUCCUGUUACCUUAGCAACGAUAUCUAAUAAAACAGCACCAAAUGGACCUUUACUGAAACCCUACCCAAAUUGGCAGUGGCACUUGAAACAUGAUUGUAUCGGAAUCUACCGAGCACGUACAAUUCAAACAGAUCCAUGCAAUAAAAAUUGGCUAUGGGUUCUAGACAACGGUCAAAAUGAUGAGGGAAUCCAUAUGUGUCAACCUCAAUUAUUAAUUUUUGAUCUAUCCGCAAAUCGACUAAUUAGCAGAUAUUCCAUUCCAAAGAAAUUUGCAACGGGAAGCGACGGCAAGGGAGAAUUACUUGGAUUUAUAGUGCAAACAAGUGGACGCAGUUGUAGAACAACAACAAUUUACAUGAGUUAUUUAAAAUCGAGUGCAUUGCUUGUUUGGAAUGGUCGCAAGUUCUGGCGUAUAAAGGGUCCAGAUCCAAAAUUCAUGGUUGGACCUCUAGCAGUAGGUAAAAGAUACAUGGACGCACCGAUUGGUAUUUACGGUUUCACUCUGUCUCCAAAAACCGACAAAACUCCCCAAUUCCUGGCAAUGUCAUCUUUAGGAAGUUUUCACGUUUUUACUGCAACAAUCGAUGACAUUAUUGCUUCGGAACCAAAAGUCGGAUUUUUCAAAUAGUUGUUCAGUCCAAUUGUUAAUUUCUUCAGAAGAUCAAAACAUCAGGAAAAUGAUACAUCUAUCGAUUUUAUACGGCACGAAUACAGACUACCAAAUCCAUCGGCUGCUUUUGCUUUUGACUCUAGAGGAAUUCUAUUUGUUGGUAUUAAUUCUUUGACGAGUUUGGGUUGUAGCAACUCAACAGCAAAGAGUACAGCGAACAGUACAAAUAUUCCAUUCUUUAAAAUAAUUGAUAAGGAUCCUGAAAAGUUGCAAUUUAUAUCUGCAGCACACACAUUCAAUUCAUCAACUACAAAAGGUAAAGAAGAAGAAUUAUGGGUUCUUUCAAAUCGAUACCAGGAAUGUGUAUUCAAUGGUUUGAAUUUAACAGACAUCAAUUAUAGAAUCAUGAAACUAAGUGUAAAAGAUCUUACGAAGGGAACUAAAUGUUUUUAAAACAAUUCAAAAACUACUUCGUAAUUAAUGAAACAGAAGUAAAUGUAAAUUUUAUGAUUAACAAAUCGUUCUUGAAUAAAGUUUACCAAAAUCAUGUAGGCGAAUAUUUAAAACUAUUUUUCCUCUUGGUUUUUUUCUCGCUUUUCUUCAGUUUGAUUUCAUUCCCAAGGCUCAUGAUUAUUCUCCAAAUGUCAUUUGACCGAACUGUCAUUUUACCGAAUUAUUGCUUUUAU